AUGUCUUCUUAAAGUCCUGCUAAAUUAAAUAAUUAAAAUUGUGCUGCAGCAAAUUAAUAUUAUAAUGAUUUGGAAUCAUGUGUCUAAGGUUAUUGCAUUAAAUAAUAAUCUGGAUCUGGAGCAAGAGGUUGCUUUCCUUUAGAUGGAUCUGAGAGUGCAAUUGGAAUAGACAAUAAUGGUAAUUGUACUGAUUCUAGUAUAGCUGCAUCUAGUUGUUAUAAUUCAUUUGAUAUUUGUAAGGAUUAUUAUACCUCGAAAUGUACUAGAAUUAAUUCAAAUUCUACAUUCAAUAAUAUUUGUAUUUUAAAUGGAAUUUGCUAUUAAAUGUCAUAUAACUAAUAUGUUGGUAGAGAUAAUAAAUAUUAGUGCUUACAAAACUUAUAGUAAAGUUCGUAUGGAUUAAUAAAUUGCUAUGAUUCUACUUAUAUAUGCAAAACAAGUAAUCUUUUGACCUGUGUUUACUAUUUAGGUGAUUCUACAUAUUUAGGAAAAAUUUCUAGUACAGGAAUUUGUGCAUAAAUUGGUGCUAAAAUAUCAACGAGUGGUUUUAAUAGUAUUAUCAACUUGAAUCAAAAUUAUUGUUAAGAUGAUUCGUACACAAUUUAGCUUAUACUUCCUGUAUAUGCAGGAAGAGAUUAGUAAUAUUCAAGGUGCCUAAAAGCUGAUUAAACAUCAUACCAAAAUGUUGAAUUAUGUGCAAAUGAUUACUGUAUUGCAAAUAAUAGUUGCAAAACGAUUGGAUUUGAUGGAGUAUUAAUAGCUAAAUUAUAAAACGGUUAUUGUACUUAAGCUUAACAACCUGGCUCUAUAUAAUGUGCCAUCAAAAUUUAUAACUACUGCUUAAAAAAUGGCACAUGCAAUUUGUUAUCUAGUUCAGAUACAAAUUUUUCGGGAGUUGACAUAAAUGGAAACUGUUUAUCUAGGAAUUAAUCUGUUUCUAUAGGUGUUUUGAAGUGUGCAGAUUAUCAUUGCAAAUAUUCAACUUAACCUUAAUAAUUUGGGUGCUUUCUUUUGGAUGGUAAACCAAGAUUUGCUGGAUCGGAUUCUUCAUAAAAUUGCUUAGAUUAUAAUAAUGGAAUUGCUAAACAAUGUGCUUAAUUGCCAAUUGUUUGUUUUGAUGGUAUUAAAUUAGUAUGUUAAUAAACUGUGGAUUAUGGAUUAGUUGGUAAUGGAUGUUCUUAAGGAGGUAAUUGUUAAUCAAUGUCAUCUAUAUUUAUUGGUAGAGAUACUAAUUAUAAAUGCUUUUAUUAAGAUUAAACUCCUUAAAGUGGUACUAUUGAUAAAUGUUUUAAUGAUACCUAAACUAUUUGCUUAACAAGUGACAAGAAAUAAUGUAUCUUGUAUGCUAAAUCUUCAUAGUAUUUAGGGUGUAUUCAAAGUACUGGAAUUUGUGCUUAAUUAGGUUAACAAACUUCCAAUUAGGCUCUUUAAAUUAUUGUUAAUUUGAACAAAGGAUAUUGCUAAGAUAAUUAAUUUAUAAUUUAAUAAUUGUUACCUCCAUAUGUUGGAAGAGAUUCAGUAAACUAAUUAUGCCUGUAAGAAACAUCAUAGUCCUCAUAAAUUGAAUUUUGUGUUUAAGGAUAUUGUAUUGCAAAUAAUAAAUGCUAACCUGUUGGUUUUGAUAAAAAACUUAUUGCUAAACUUUCAAAUUAACAAUGUGGUUUAGAUUAAACAUCCACAGCAAUAGAAUGUGCUUAUUAAAGUUUGGAUGGAUAAGACAAUAAUGGAAACUGCUUAUAAAGAGGCUAAAUAACAUAUAGUAUGAGAAAAUGUUAAUAAGACCAUUGCAAAUAUUUUAAGGAUUCAUAAUAGAAUUACUGCGCAUAUUUAGAUGGGUCAAUCUAUUAAGUUGGAAUUACAGAAGAUGGAUUUUGCUUAAGAUUAAACGAAUAUCCAGCAAUAAGAUGUACUGAUUAGGUUAAUUAUAUAUGUUAUGAUUAUUACUCAUAGACAUGCAUAUAAAUCAAUAUAUCAUCUAGAAAUAAUUAUUGCAAAUUACAUGGAACUUGCUAUUAAAUGAAUUUGUAUUAGUAUGUUGGUAGAGAUACAAAUUUUAAUUGUUUAAGUUCAGAAUAAACGCCAAGCACAGGAUUAGUUUAGAAUUGUUUGAAUGAUCCUUAAAACAUAUGUUAAAAAAGCGAUUAAUCAUAAUGCAUAAAUUACUACUGGUGGUACUGGUCAAGAGGAUACUUAGGUUUUAUAAAUUCGUCUGGUUUUUGUGCAUAAAAAGACUAAGCAACUUCUUCUUAAUAAAAAUAAUUUUAAAUUAUCACUAAUUUGGAUAAAAAUUACUGCUAGGAUGAUAAUUUUAUAAUUAGGAUGAUAUAAACUCCUUAUGCUGGUAGAGAAAUGUAAUAUUAAAGGUGUCUAAAAGCUGACACUCUUCCAAAUUAACAAAUAGAUUUUUGCUCUUAAGGUUAUUGCAUUUCGAGUAAUUAAUGCAAGCAAAUAGGUUUUGAUGGCAAAUUAAUAUCAAAACUAGAAAAUGGAAAGUGUGCUAUUGAUCGAUAAUAUCGUGCAAUUGAAUGCGCGUAUGAAACUUUAGAUACAUGUUUAUAUAACGGUUAGUGUUAUUGGUUAACUGAGUAAGACACCAUUGCAUCAGGAGUAGAUUAAAAUGGUUACUGUUUAGAAAGGGGUUAAAUCUCACCAAACUUUAAGAAAUGUUAAUCAAAUCACUGUUUUAAAAUUUAUCCCAAUUAUUUCUAUUAUGGUGAUGGAAAAGGAUGCUUUCUUCUAGAUGGAUCUCAGGGUUAGGCAGGUAUAACUUCUACUGGAGAAUGUUUAGCUAUCAAUACAUCUUCUGCUUAGAGAUGUACAAAUAAAACCAAUUCAAUUUGUUAUGAUUCUGCUUCUUAAAAAUGUUAAAUUACAAUAGAUUAUGGGUCUAUAGGAAACGGUUGUAUUUUAAAUAGUUAAUGUUAUUAAUUUUCAAUUCAAUAAUACAUUGGAAGAGAUAUAUAGCUUUAAUGCUUGGUAAAUAACUAGAUAACGAGUUAAGUAGAUACUUGCUUUAAUGAUGCUAAUAAUGUUUGCCUUAGUAAAAAUAAUAGCCAACAGUUAUGUGCAUUAUAUAUACAGUCCUAAAAGUACUUAGGAUAUAUUUCAGAAAAUAAAAUGUGUGCUAUUUAAGACAAUAUUGCAUAUUAAUAGGGUUAUCUGGCAA